UCUACUAAAAUCAUUUCUCCUUAAUCAAACCUUAUAUUAAAAAUGAUAUCCUUUUCUUCUUCUAAUAUUUUUCCAACUAUGAAUACUCAAUGGUCCUUUGAAGAACCACUUUACUAUGAUGAUCUUCAUACAAUAAUAACUACGCCUCAGUCUCAAACUUUAUGUAUUGAUAAUAUUGUUGAUCAUUAUUUUCCUUCAUCUCAUGAUCAUCAACAAUGUUUGAAAGAAAAUGAAUUUGAUGUUGAGGUAGGGGUAGAAAGGUCAUUAAUGGAGAAGAAACUAAAUCAUAAUGCAAGUGAACGUAAUAGAAGAAAGAAAAUGAACUUUCUUUAUUCUACUCUUCGUUCUUUGCUUCCUCCUAUUGCUAAGCAUCAUCAAAAGAAAAAGCUAAGCUUCCCAGCAACAGUAUCAUAUGUUCAAGAAUACAUACCAGAAUUGAAGAAAGACAUAGAGAGGUUAAGCAAAACAAAGGAUUUGCUUAUAUUAACCAUAUCAAAGAAAUCAAAUUCAUUAGUCCAAAUUAAUCAUAAUUAUGAGCAAAAAUUAAUUAUGAAUGGAAAUUCAACUUCAACAACAUCAAUUUCAGCAAGUCCACUUUGUAAUGGACAAAUUUUGGUACAAAUUUCAACAACUCAAGAAAAUGAUUUUCCAAUUUCAAAAGUAUUGGAAAGUUUAGAAGAAGAUGGGCUAAUUUUGCUAAAUGCAUCAUCCUUUAAAUCUUUUGGAGACGAGAUUUUUCAUACCUUGCAUUUUCAGGUACAUAUAUAUUACUAUGUUGUAUGGUUAUAGCAAUGUUGAAUUAUGUUUAUUGUUCGGACUCAUCAAAGAUGCUGUCGGAUUCUCAAUAAUUGUGCUAGUAUUAUUAGAGGAUCUGAUAUGAGUAUGACAAUAUUUUUAAAGAUUUUGAGCAACUUAGGCUAAAUUGACCAUCUUUUUUUUUUUUUUAGUAUUUUUAGUGAAUAGCUUAUAAACUUGGAAAAUUGUAGUAGCUUAGUUUGUUGAUUAUCUAAACUUUCACCUUGUUUGUGGGGGUUCUACACCCCGUAUUGUAACCCCUCCCUAUUUCACCUUCCUCUACCCCUAAUUUAAAAAAGAAAAAAAAAAUAAGC